CACCACUCUAGUUACAUCCCUCAUCAUCAUCACCAGUCCCUUCAAAAACGGUCAAAUUGUCAAAAACGCCGCACCAUGGCACUCAUCUCAUCAAUCGCCACGGCAUUGAUGGCCGUUCUGCACGUCUACAUCCUCGUGCUCGAAAUGUUCCUCUGGACCACCCCGCGGGGACGCCGCGCCUUCCGCCUCACCCCCGAAUUCGCGCAGCAGACACGCGCCCUGGCCGCCAACCAAGGCCUGUACAACGGCUUUCUGGCAGCCGGCCUGGUUUGGGGUAUCGCUCACCCGGUCGCCGAGUUUGCGGCGCAGCUCCGCCUCUUCUUCCUGGGGUGCGUGGUCGUCGCGGGGGCGUACGGUGGCGCGACGGCGUCACGGAAGAUUUGGACGGUGCAAAUGGCGCCGGCGGUGGUAUCUCUGGGGCUGGAGUACCUACAGGUGUAGUCGUUCGCGGGAUUCCAAACAAAGACGGAAAAUAGCGGCAGGGUUAGACUCGUUUGGCAUUCACGCGAAGAGGGCUUUGUCUACUGAUUCGUCACGGUUGGAUGGCCGAUGCAGAAACGUUAAAAGUAUAUCGGCGCCCAGCCUCCAUCUUGGAGCAAAUCCUUGGGGCUUUUGUUUGUACGGAGAGCUGUAGCAAGAAUAAGCUUCUCGAGGAGUGUCGCACUUGAUAUGCGGUUGAACCAUGUAUACCCCGGCUGUACACAAAAGAG